UUGCUGGAUUUGCUGGCAGAUCGUAAGGACAAGACUGGUAAGAGUGGCAAAGUGCUCAUUAAUGGUCAGAAGAGGCAGGCCAACUACAAGACAAUGGUUGCAUAUGUUGUUCAGGAUGACGUUGUGAUGGGAACACUGAGUGUGAGGGAAAAUCUAGAGUUUUCGGCAGCUCUCAGACUCCCAGGUCACAUGACCCGGGCCCAGAGGAAGGAGAGAGUUGAAAGGGUUAUUGAAACUCUCGGUCUCUACCGAUGCGCCGACACCAAACCUCGCUACUCCAUCUUCAAGUUGUUUGACUCCCUCACUCUUCUCUCUCAGGGUUCAACCGUCUACCACGGACCUGCACACCUGGCUCUGGCCUACUUUGACAAACUGGGUUUAAGAUGUGAAGAACACGAAAAUCCCGCUGACUUCUUCCUGGACACCAUCAUCCACCACGAGAAACAACUCCGCCAGAGCUCGCAGGAGACUGUUCUCUUCUCAAAGGCUAUAAUAGCUGGUGAGGAAGAGACUGAAGAUGGAGUGAUAGUGUGUUCAGAGAGUGGAGAAAAGAUGGUGAGACUCGUGGAGAGCUACAGAAAGUCGGAGGAGUACGGAGAGCUACGAGAGAGGAUUGAUCCAGUCCUGCAGAAUGUGGUGGAGGAGAAGAGGAAGGAACCUCUGGGGAGACAAGUCGCCAGAAAGAUGUUCACACGUGAACUCUACGCCACCUCCUUCCUUUGGCAGCUUAUUUUCAAUAGUGUUUUGGGUGUCAUUAUUGGCAUCAUCUACUGGCAGUUGGACACUGACCCCAAUAGCUUCACUGACAGAAUCGGAGUGUUUUUCUUUAUUGCUACCAACCAGUCGUUCGGUAGUCUUGGCGCUAUUCAGCUGUUCAUUCAACAGAAAGCACUGUUUAUGACUGCCUGUGCAUUUGAUGGACUGGCUCAGCUGGGCCAGCUGGGAUAUGGCAACACAGUAUCUGCUCUCUGGUGGGACGUGUUUGCUCUCGUUCUCUAUGCUUCCAUCUUCCUGGUCCUCGCCUAUGUUGUCCUCAGGCUCAUCAAGAAAGAAAAGUGA